CUGAACAAGAUGGCUGUAGUUCAGGUCGCGGCAAGCUGAAAAAAGAAGCUAAUCAUCAAAUGUUUGUCCAUAACAAAGAGUCAGGGUGAGCGACGAGUAGCUAAGAGAGACACUGUCCAAUAGACAAGCUGUAGUAUUUUUCUCGAUUUGUGUUUUUUCGUCUUGGAUAGAAUAGCCAAGAACAGCACAAGCAGCAUCACCCCGACCCCUCCACGGUAAAUCUUGAGGAAGAAAAUAUUCCUGACAAUAAAUAUCUAUCCCCAAUUCAGACAACGGCUUGUUGACAGUGUAUCCCCAAUUCAGACAACGGCUUGUUGGCAGUGGACAACCUUCAGAAUUCGUUGUCAUUUAAAGAGAUGUCACUGCUGUGUGUUGGAGUGAAGAAAGCCAAGCUUGAUGGACCUCAAGAAAAAUUCAACACCUACGUGACACUGAAGGUGCAGAAUGUGAAGAGCACCACUAUCGCCGUGCGUGGCAGCCAGCCAUGCUGGGAGCAGGACUUCAUGUUUGAGAUCAACCGUCUGGAGCUGGGCCUGACUGUUGAGGUGUGGAACAAAGGCCUGAUCUGGGACACCAUGGUGGGCACCCUGUGGAUCCCUCUCCGCAGCAUUCGCCAGUCCAACGAGGAGGGCCCGGGGCAGUGGCUGACCUUGGACUCCCAGGUGAUCAUGGCAGAAAAUGAGAUCUGUGGCACCAAAGACCCCACGUUCCACCGCGUUCUCCUGGACACACGCUUCGAACUGCCAUUAGACAUUCCAGAGGAUGAGGCGCGCUACUGGGCCAAGAAACUGGAGCAGCUCAAUGCCAUGAGGGACCAGGAUUACACUUACCAGGAGACACACGAGAGACCACUGCCAGUGCCCUCGACUCAGUGCUGCAAUUGGAGCCUCUGGGGGGACCAACAGACUGAUGACCCAGACAGCGCACUGGACGACAGAGACAGUGACUACCGCAGCGAGACGAGCAACAGCAUCCUGCCUCCCUAUUACACGACGUCGCAGCCCAACGCCUCUGUGCACCAGUACCCCAUCCGCCACGGCUCCCACGGCUCGUGCUACCACGACACGCACGAGUUCGACUACGACAAUCAGAGAGCCAUGAGACACUAUGAUAGCUUAGACUCCAACGCCACCAACGGCCGCAGCGAUCUGGACUCGGCCUCCGGCUCAAGCCGGCCGACCAGCCGACAGUACUCUCUAGACAGUAGGCACUCCCUCUCUGAUAGCCCUACGGGCAGCAGCCGCUAUGCGUCGUCGGGCGAGCUGAGUCGCGGCAGCUCCCAGCUGAGCGAGGAGUUCGGUCCCGAGGACGGCGAGAGCCUCCGCGGCUCCGAGUUCUACGAUGAGAACGACUCGUACCACUCGUGCCACUCGUCCGUCAGCUACGGCAAGGAGUCGCCGGGCUGGGACCCCGAGGAGGAGGAGGAAGGGGUGCAGCGGGACGAGGCGUACAGCGAUGAGGGCAGCUACGUGAAGGAUGGCGGCGAGGAGGGAGCGGUGUACGAUGAGGAGGAGCCCGACGGCGGACACUACGAUUACGAGGACCAGGGCGAGGAGGACUACCGCUACGAGGACGAAGAGGAGAUGCCCUACGAGGAGGAGGUGGAGAUGUACCCGCUGGACAGCACUCUUAGCGAGGACCAGGAGCCGCCCUACACGCCCACCCCGACCAGCGCGGCCCCCGCGCUGACCACGGCCGACUCGCUGGCCCCCUCGGCCCGGCCGCCGCUGGAGAAGCAGGCUUCGCUCCUCCACGACCAGCCCCCACAGGCCCAGCAGCAGCCCCCCUUCCAGCCCCCCGGCAUCAGCCAGACCCAGAGCCAGACGGCGCCACUGGAGGCGUACCAGGACGCCUUCGCCAAAACGCACGUCUCCUCCUCCAUCGCCGGCUUGCUUCAGCCGCCCGAGGCAGAGCCCCUGCCCUUUGCCCCCGCCCCCUUCUCUGGCCUGCCCUCGGAGCCAGCGGUCAAGCCCCUGCCCACAGACGAGCCCCUCUCCAUGGAGGAGCCCCUGCCCUUCAGCGAGAUGCCCCCCACUGCCACGCCUGACCAGACCUGUGCCCACCCCGAAAGUACAGAAGCCCCACCUGACAGUGCACCUGUGGAGCCUCUGGUUCCCAUGCCCAAGCGCACCCCCAAAGAGAACUGGCUGCGGCUCUUCAGUAAGGUCCGCCUGCAGCUUCAGCAGGCCCGAGGGGAGACUACUGGGAUCCAGUCUUUAUGCAUACAGGCAGGGCUUGGUGGGGCUCUAUACAGCAUAGACAGCAUGCCAGACCUACGCAAGAGGAAAGCCAUGCCGCUUGUCAGGGACCUGGCUAUGUCUCUAGUACAGAACUCACGUAAGGCCGGGAUAACAUCAGCCAUGGCCUCCAGUACACUAAACAACGAGGAACUUAAGAGCCACGUGUACAAGAAGACGCUGCAGGCUCUGAUCUACCCCAUCUCCUGCACCACGCCACACAACUUUGAGGUGUGGACGGCCACCACGCCUACCUACUGCUACGAGUGCGAGGGCCUGCUGUGGGGUAUCGCCCGUCAGGGCAUGCGCUGCACCGAGUGCGGGGUCAAGUGCCACGAGAAGUGCCAGGAACUGCUCAAUGCAGACUGUCUGCAGAGAGCUGCAGAGAAAAGCUCCAAGCACGGUGCAGAGGACCGGACCCAGAACAUCAUCAUGGUUCUGAAGGACCGCAUGAAGAUCCGUGAGCGGAACAAGCCGGAGAUCUUCGAACUGAUUCAGGACGUGUUUGGCAUGCCAAAGUCCACCCACGUGACCCACAUGAAACAGAUCAAGCAGAGCGUCCUCGACGGCACGUCCAAGUGGUCAGCCAAGAUUAGCAUCACAGUACUUUGUGCUCAGGGCCUUCAGGCUAAGGACAAGACAGGAUCCAGCGACCCCUACGUCACAGUGCAGGUUGGCAAGACCAAGAAGAGGACCAAGACCAUCUAUGGCAACCUCAACCCUGUAUGGGAGGAGAACUUCAACUUCGAGUGCCACAACUCUUCAGAUCGUAUAAAGGUGCGAGUUUGGGAUGAGGACGAUGACAUCAAAUCACGAGUGAAGCAGAAGUUUAAGAGGGAGUCCGAUGACUUUUUGGGUCAGACCAUCAUCGAGGUGCGAACCCUCAGCGGAGAGAUGGACGUCUGGUACAACCUUGACAAGCGUACGGACAAGUCUGCCGUGUCGGGAGCCAUCCGCAUGCACAUCAGUGUGGAGAUCAAGGGAGAGGAAACCGUGGCUCCCUAUCAUGUGCAAUACACGUGCCUGCAUGAGAAUCUCUUCCACUACGUGACAGACCUCCAGAGCAGCGGCGUGGUCAAGAUCCCCGACGCCAAGGGGGACGAUGCCUGGAAGGUGUACUACGAGGAGACGCCACAGGAGAUUGUGGAUGAGUUUGCCAUGCGCUAUGGCGUAGAGUCCAUCUAUCAGGCCAUGACACACUUUGCCUGCCUCUCAUCCAAGUACAUGUGCCCUGGUGUGCCGGCAGUGAUGAGCACCCUGCUGGCCAACAUCAACGCCUAUUACGCCCACACCACCCAGGCCACCAACAACGUCUCAGCCUCAGACCGCUUUGCUGCCUCCAACUUCGGGAAAGAGCGGUUUGUGAAGCUCCUGGACCAGUUGCACAAUUCACUGAGGAUUGACCUCUCCAUGUAUCGGAAUAACUUCCCUGCCAGCAGCCCUGAGAGACUCCAGGAUCUGAAGUCCACCGUAGAUCUGCUCACCAGCAUCACGUUCUUCAGAAUGAAGGUCCAGGAGCUGCAGAGUCCCCCCAGGGCCAGCCAGGUGGUGAAGGACUGUGUCAAGGCCUGCCUCAACUCCACCUACGAGUACAUAUUCAACAACUGCCACGAGCUCUACAGCCGCGAGUACCAGACCGAUCCGGCAAAGAAAGCAGAGGUCCCCCCUGAGGAGCAAGGCCCCAGCAUCAAGAACCUGGACUUCUGGUCCAAAUUCAUCACCCUGAUCGUAUCCAUCAUUGAAGAGGAUAAGAACUCGUACACGCCCUGCCUUAACCAGUUUCCUCAGGAGCUGAAUGUGGGCAAGAUCAGUGCAGAGGUCAUGUGGAACCUGUUUGCCCAGGACAUGAAGUAUGCCAUGGAGGAGCACGAGAAGAAUCGUCUGUGUAAGAGCGCCGACUACAUGAACCUGCACUUCAAAGUGAAGUGGCUGUACAACGAGUAUUGCAAGGACCUGCCUUUCUUCAAGAGCCGGGUGCCAGAGUACCCAGCGUGGUUUGAGCCCUUUGUCAUUCAGUGGCUGGACGAGAACGAGGAGGUGUCCAGAGACUUCCUGCAUGGUGCCCUGGAGAGGGACAAAAAGGACGGGUUCCAGGUGACGUCUGAGCACGCUCUGUUCUCCUGCUCCGUGGUGGACGUGUUCUCACAGCUCAACCAGAGCUUUGAGAUAAUCAAGAAGCUGGAGUGUCCAGACCCACAGAUCGUGGGCAACUACAUGAAACGCUUCGCAAAGACGAUCAGCAACGUGCUGCUCUCCUACGCUGACUUCAUCACCAGGGUCUUCCCCGAUUACUGCAGCAAAGAGAAAGGAGCCAAUGUGCCAUGCAUCCUGAUAAACAACAUUCAGCAGCUACGCGUCCAACUGGAGAAGAUGUUUGAAGCCAUGGGCGGCAAAGAUCUCUGUGUGGAGGCCAGCGACUUCCUGAAGGAGCUACAAGUGAAACUCAACAACGUCAUGGACGACCUAAGCAGAAUCUUUGCCUCCGGCUUCCAGCCCCACAUUGAGGAGUGUGUGAAGCAGAUGGGCGAUAUCCUGGGCCAGGUGAAGGGGACGGGCAACGUGCCAGCCAGCGCCUGCAGCAGCGUAGCCCAGGAUGCCGACAACGUGCUGCAGCCCAUUAUGGAGUUCCUGGACAGCAACCUGUCUUUGUUUGCUAAGAUCUGUGAGAAGACGGUCCUGAAGCGCGUGCUGAAAGAACUGUGGAAGCUGGUCAUGAACACCAUGGAGAAGACCAUCGUGUUGCCGCCACUGACCGACCAGACGGGCAAAAUGAAGCAGGCUUGUCACACCGAUGGCACCCAGCUCAUCUUCAAUGCUGCCAAGGAGCUGGGUCAGCUCUCCAAACUAAAGGAGCAUAUGGUACGCGAGGAGGCUAAGGCUCUGUCUCCCAAGCAAUGUGCUGUCAUUGAGCUGGCCUUGGACACCAUCAAGCAAUACUUCCAUGCUGGGGGAGUAGGUCUGAAGAAGACGUUCCUGGAGAAGAGUCCCGACCUGCUGUCGCUGCACUACGCACUGUCCCUCUACACACAGGCCACCGACAAACUCAUCAGGACAUUUGUGCAGUCACAGAACACACAAGUCCAUGGAGGGAAGGGGGUGAGGUUCACCCCUAGCGAGGAUGUUUACCCCGAGAAGGGCUCUGGUGUGGAGGAUUCUGUGGGAGAGGUCUCUAUCGGCGUUGAGGUCUUCACCCAUCCCAGCACUGGAGAGCAUAAAGUCACAGUUAAAGUUGUGGCUGCAAAUGAUCUGCGCUGGCAGACCUCGGGGAUCUUCCGGCCCUUCGUUGAAGUCUACAUCAUCGGUCCUCUCCUCAGCGACAAGAAGAGGAAACAUGCCACCAAGUCCAAGAACAACAGCUGGGCUCCCAAAUAUAAUGAAACUUUCACUUUCACCCUGAGCAGUGAGUCGGGCCUGGAUUGCUACGAGCUGCACUUCUGCGUGAAGGACUACUGCUUUGCACGCGAGGACCGCACGGUGGGCAUGUCCGUGCUGCAGCUGAAGGAUGUGGCAUCGCGGGGCAGCGUGGCCUGCUGGCUGCCGCUGGGCAAGCGCGUCAGCAUGGACGAGACCGGACUGACCGUGCUGCGCAUCCUCUCGCAGCGCAACAACGAUGACGUGGCCAAGGAGUUUGUCAAGCUUAAGUCUGACCAGCGCUCCGCGGAGGAGGGACGAGGCAGCUAAGAGAGAGGAGAGGAGAGGAGAGGAGAGAAGAGAGAGGAGGAGAGAGGUGUGGGGAGGAGGAGAGAUGGACGACUCCAGUUUCCCUUAGUCUCCUGACCUACUUUGUAAGCUGUGGACACUACACAACAACACUGCCCUCUGGUUGUCUGAUGAUGCACUAAUGUGAGAACAUGCGCACGCACACGUGCACACACACACACACACACACACACACACACACACACACACACACAUAAAAACACACAGGCAUACACAAAAACAGUCAACCAUAGAUACAAACACACAUACACACUCAUUCAGCAGAAAAAAUAAUCCACAUCUCAUUAACUCUCUUUAUACUGUGUAAUCUGGACUACUGUUGUGAAUAAUUCAAUGAGCACAGUCCAGAAGUUACGCACAAACAUUGCAGAUGGAUACACAAUAAUAACUGCCAUAAUUAACUGCCCUUUGUACCACCCAAGCUCUUAGGGUCUCAGUGAACAUAGAGGGAUAUUCUUAUUGCUUCAUAUAAUAUCAUAACCUACAUAUUGAGUUUUCUAAAGGAGGACAGAGAGACGUACAUGUAUCUUCAAAUAUAAAAGAGUUUAAUUAAAUCAUAUGGAGAUAUACGUAUAUACAAAGCAUAACAGACUAUAUAUAAUUUAAAAAUGUAUUAGACAUAAUGUUUAUGUUUUCUCUGUAAUAUUACAAAUGUACUUCUUCAGGUGGUUUUUCAUUUUUAAUUUGAAACUAUAGAGAAUCUGCUGUUACAAGCAAAGAUGUGCAAUUUAUGGAGGGCUGGGAAGCAGCAUGUAGUGCCAUUAGAGUCCUCCUGUCCCUGUGCGUCCCUCCGUUUGCGUCGCUGAUUGUCCUCACGUGUCUCUGACCGACGUGUCUCCUCAACCCUGCCAGGCCAAGUCAGCAACCAGGGACCCCAGUGUGAUAUCGAUCUAUCUAUAUUUUGUAUUACCUAUUUUUGAUAGUGUCCCAGUUCUAACCCUGCCUCUAACAUUCCACUGCACAGUCUUGACUUGGGACCAGGCCUUGGCCCUGAUUUAGCAAAGUUUUGUGGGUGUAAAAUUUUGUACGGGAAGUGUUCACGCCACUGUCUAAAACUGGGCAAGGCAUGUAGCUCUUCUCAGUGGAAGGACACAAUUUCUCAGUGCACAGGACAGGUAGCACAGACAAAUGCAUAGUACACAGUGCAUGGAUAUUUUCCUGUGGAACGUUUAGUCCACAAGUUUUUAUUCACACAAACCACAAACACAAACCUAAUCAAUCAGGGUCCUGAGUUUUCUUUUUUUUUAAUGCAAAAUCUUAGAUUAAGCACAAGUGGACCAACAAAUUGUAAAGCUGAUAGCUGCCAGUCUAAAACGGCUUAGACCAAAUAUCUAGAGGAAGUAGGGGUGUAACGGGUCAUGUAUUCGUAUUGAACCGAAACGGUACGGGCGUCACGGUUCGGUGCAUUAAUUUACACGGAGAAUACACGGUAUAAAAAUACAUAAAACUCGUGUGCGGAUUAAUUAAUGUCACGCGCAAUUACUGUUAAGUAUCCUGCUGUACGAGAGUUACGUGAGUUCUUUAGCGACACUUAACGCUAAUCUGUAGCCUCGCCUUAGCUCUGAAGCUCUGAUUGGCGCCUAUGUUUUUUUUUUUUGUCAGGUAGUCGGUUGAGUCAGUCAGUCAGAGAUAGCAGCACUAAGGUGCGACCCACAAGAGUUAGAGGAUCCGCUGGUCUCUUUAAGAUCGCAAGUUUGAGAACUUCAGUUACAGUUACAGGCGAGCGAGAGAGUUGUGGAUAAGAUGAAACUGUGUGUCGGCGUUGUUCAGCAGUUGUUGGGUAUGUGAGUGGAAAUAUAACAUGCUACACAUAUUCAAAGCCAACACCCAGAUGAUAGGCUACCAAUCACUGAAACGAGAAAAAAAAAACUUCCCCUGCGCUUCACAAGCCUUUGGAUACACAUACAAACAAGGCCAAAACCUAUGGUUACGAUUGAUUUCGUAAUGACAGAAAGCUAUGUAAAUCGCUUGGUAAUUACCUUUAUGUUGGGGUAACUUGUAACUUCUCACAUGAUGAGCUGGUAGUGUUAAGUGCAUGGACAGUAACAGAAAGUGUCAACG